AUGGAGGGCCCGGAGCUCCACAUUCCCCCUCAGGAACCACCCAUGGAUCUUCUCUUCCCCUCUCAGAUCCCACCACGACCCCGGCGCCGCCCCUUCCCCAACCCCAGGCCCUCCAGAGGCACCGAACCCCUGGAGACGCCCCCAAACCCACGGCGACCCCACCGGCACCACCGGCACCUCGGCCGUACCCGUGCGCCCAAUGCGGCAAAACCUUCGCGCGCCCCACCCACCUGCGCAGCCACGAGCGGACGCACACGGGGGCCCGCCCUACGGCUGCGGCCACUGCGGCAAGCGCUUCGGCCACCCGAGCACGCUGACCACGCACCGGCGGCUGCACACGGGCGAGCGGCCCUACGGCUGCGGCCUCUGCGGCAGGCCUUCACCAACCCCUCGGACCUGCGCAAGCACCGGCGCUCGCACACCGGCGAGCGGCCCUACCCGUGCGGCACCUGCGGCAAGAGCUUCAGCCAGCGCUCCAACCUGAGCAUGCACCGCCGCAGCCACGCGCAGGAGCGGCCCUACCCCUGCCCGGCCUGCGGCAAGAGCUUCAAGUACCUGGCGGACCGGACGGUGCACGAGCGCUCGCACACGGGCGAGAGGCCCUUCCCGUGCGGCGCCUGCGGGAAGAGCUUCAGCAACAAGUCCUCGCUGGCCCGGCACGCGCGGAUCCACGCCCGGGCGGCCGCCGGGGACAAGUGA